AUGAAUGAGAUCAAGGCUGAUUAUACAACAGAUGGUAAGUUUCAUGUGACUCGAGCUGAACCAAGGAAUAUAAUGCUGAUCGGGCGAACACGCACAGGAAAAUCAACUAUCAAGUCAUUACUUGUUGAUCCGACGGUCGUACCAACUGAUUUGACUCUCAAGUCAGAUUCAAGAGACCCGCUAUUCGAAACAUUUCACGUCAGUGACAAUAGAAUCGUUCUUAACAUCAUAGAUACACCUGGUCUAUUUGAGCAUGGUGAUGAUGAAAUGAGUAUUCGGGACAACGAUGCAAUAUUGAAUACAAUCGAAGUAUGUGUAAAUCGUGAAAUAACUAAAUUUCACGUGGUUUGCUUUUGCGCAGCGGUUACAGCUGGUCUCAAUAGGGAAGACAUUGAUUCUCUUAAAUUACUAGUUAAAUUUCUUGGUGAUGAAAUCUCAAAAAAUUCCUGUCUUAUCAUUACAAGAUGUGAAUCGAAAGAUGAUCAACAACGCGAGAAAAUGCGUAAAGAAUUAUCAGAAGAUACUUAUUUCAAGGAAAUCGCUCCAUUCUUCAAGUUGGGAAUUUAUUUCUCUGGCUCACUCAAUCCAGAUGAUUAUAAUAAAGCUAAUGAGAGUCUAUACGAUCAAUACUCAACGAUUAUCGAUUAUCGAUUAUCGAACAAAAUUAAUUGA